GCAAAGAUGACUGAAGGGACGUGUGUGCGGCGAAGAGGGGGUCCUUAUAGGAGUCCAGCGGUGACAGACCUGAGGCGCUGGAGGCUCAGUAAUGUGGAAGGAAGGCAGACAUGGAAAUAUCUGAAGGAUGAAGACACUGAGGAGAGGGAGCAGAACUUCUUGGAGGCUCACUCACUGGGUCUUGAUACAAGUAAGUUUGUUCCAGCCUCCUCAGCAGCUCACACAGUGGUUGAAGCUGCUCAGAAGGGGAUGGAGUUUUACAGCCGUCUCCAGGCCGAAGAUGGCCACUGGGCUGGAGACUAUGGAGGGCCACUAUUCUUGCUUCCAGGUCUCCUCAUAACCUGUCAUGUUGCUAAAAUCCCUCUACCAGAAGCCUGGAAGAAGGAGAUGGUGAGGUAUCUACGUUCAGUGCAGCUGCCCGAUGGUGGCUGGGGUCUGCAUGUAGAAGACAAGUCGACUGUGUUUGGCACAGCUCUUAAUUACACCACACUGCGAAUCUUAGGAGUUGGGCCUGAUGACCCAGAUAUGGUGCGGGCAAGGAACAACUUACACACCAAAGGAGGUGCUGUAGGUAUACCGUCCUGGGGAAAGUUCUGGUUGGCUAUCCUCAAUGUGUACAGUUGGGAAGGGAUGAACACGCUCUUUCCAGAGAUGUGGUUGUUUCCUGCUUGGAUGCCGGCGCACCCGUCCACUCUGUGGUGCCACUGCAGGCAGGUCUACCUUCCCAUGAGCUACUGUUAUGCUGUUAGAUUGUCUGCGCAGGAGGACUCACUGGUACUCAGCCUGAGACAGGAACUAUAUGUCCAGAAUUAUUCGACUAUUAACUGGCCAGCUCAAAGAAGCAAUGUUGCAGCGUCAGACAUGUACACCCCUCACAGCGCUAUGCUCACUGCCGCCUACUCCUUCCUGAACCUUUAUGAGGCAUAUCACAGUACUGCACUGAGAGAAAAGGCUGUGAAUGAGCUGUACGAUCACAUCCAAGCUGACGAUCGCUUUACAAAGUGCAUUAGCAUUGGACCGAUCUCAAAAACUAUUAAUAUGUUGGUGCGCUGGUAUGUCGAUGGACCCACAUCACCUGCCUUCCAGGAGCAUGUGGCAAGGAUCCCAGACUACCUCUGGCUAGGUCUUGAUGGCUUAAAAAUGCAGGGAACCAAUGGAUCUCAACUAUGGGACACUGCCUUUGCAGUACAAGCAUUUCUUGAGGCAGGUGCACAGAAUGACCCCAAGUUUACACAGUGUUUAAUGAAGGCCCACCAGUUUUUUAAUCUAAGCCAGGUUAAAGAAAAUCCUCCAGACUACAAGAAAUAUUACCGACAAAUGAACAAGGGAGGCUUUCCCUUCAGCACGCGUGACUGUGGUUGGAUCGUGGCCGACUGCACAGCAGAGGGCCUGAAGUCGGUGAUGUUACUGCAGGAGCAGUGCAGCUUCAUCACAGACCACAUUUCCUUACAAAGACUCUUUGAUGCAGUCAAUGUGCUUUUAAGCAUGAGAAAUUCUGAUGGUGGUUUUGCCACAUAUGAGACCAAACGUGGAGGAAAACUGCUGGAGCUACUCAACCCUUCAGAGGUGUUUGGUGAUAUCAUGAUCGACUACACCUAUGUGGAAUGCACAUCAGCUGUGAUGCAGGCUUUGCAGCACUUUCAUCAUGCUUAUCCCGAUCAUAGAACACAGGAGAUUAGGAGUACACUUCAGCAGGGACUUGACUACUGCAGAAGGAUGCAAAGACCUGAUGGUUCAUGGGAAGGGUCAUGGGGUGUGUGCUUUACAUAUGCAGUAUGGUUUGGAUUGGAGGCGUUUGCAUGCAGGGGCCAUAUUUUCCAGGAUGGAUACGAUGGACCGGUUUGUACUGAAGUGAGGCGUGCGUGUGACUUCUUGCUCUCAAAGCAGAUGGAGGAUGGAGGUUGGGGGGAGGACUUUGAGUCGUGUGAGCAGAGGUGUUAUAUACAAAGCAAAAAUUCUCAGAUCCAUAAUACCUGUUGGGCUUUGCUGGGCCUGAUGGCUGUUAGGUACCCUGACUGCAUAGUCAUUGAGCGUGGAAUACAGGUUUUGAUUGACAAGCAGCUACCUAAUGGAGACUGGCCACAGGAGAACAUCUCUGGUGUUUUCAACAAGAGCUGUGCCAUCAGUUACACAUCCUAUAGAAAUGUGUUUCCAGUUUGGACUCUGGGCCGAUUCAUGCGUCUCUACCCCUCCAGUUCACUUGCUCAGAAACUGGGAGGCACUGAAAGAUAAUAUAUAAAGUGUGAAAUUUCAUUUCCUGACUAAAAGUAAAAAUUUAAGUUCCAUACAAACUGACUUGAUGCUUUUAAGGCUGAUCAGUAAGUAAUGCUCUCUUGUAAUUGCAGUGGAUUUGCUUUUAAAUCAUUUCGUAGUUAAAGUUGAGCAGUAUUUAACUAAAUCUUUUGAAAGCCACAGUGUUUAUUUUACAAUACAUAUGUUGUGUGGUUUUGAGAUAACGUUUCGUGUCUGUAGCAGUAGGUAUUUGAAAGAUGUAAGCAUAAAUUAAUUCAAGCACAGUAAAAUUUUUCAUCAUAAAGAAAAAGAAGUAUGUUUUGAGUCUUUUCAAGUAAAUUCUGUGUGUAUUACUAGUAAUAUACAUGUCGUUUCCUCUUUCCUUCUUUCUC